GCCUUUAAAAGCUGGGGCUCAAACUCCAGGCUCGUCACUCCGAAGUGAAGCUUCAUCAGCCUCAACUCAAGCCCUUCUUUCUUGUCGUCGACAGCGAAAGCAGAAAACCCCGAAAGCAAAAUGGCCGCCGCUAUUCAAGCUCUCCUCGUCCUCGCCCUCUUUCACCUCGCCACUGCGACGCCUGUCGUUGGCAAGCAGACUGUGAGCACUGUAUCUACGGGAUUCCUGGGCCACCCUGUGGGAGGCCUGGGCUAUGGAGGCCUGGGCUAUGGAGGCCUAGGCUAUGGAGGCCUGGGCUAUGGAGGUCUGGGCUAUGGAGGUCUGGGCUAUGGAGGUCUGGGCUAUGGUGGUCUGGGCUAUGGUGGUCUCGGCUAUCACGGAGCGGCCCUUGGAGGUGCCUACACGCACCAUGCUGCCCUCGGCGGACUCGGCUACCCCCUCGGCAUUGGCGCCGGUGUGGUGGCUCCUCACGCGGUGAAAGGCAAAAUCGCUGCCCCGUUGGCGCCUUUUGUUGGUGCCAUCUAGGUCGUCACCGUGACAGGAGAAUUGCUGGGCGAUCGUUGACUUGCCACACCAGCCCUGCGUCCCAUCUGCAGUCACUUCAAACAAGUGGUACCUGCGGAAGUGACUCAAGACUCCGGUGAAGAAGUGACUUGAGGAAGGUUAUGGACAGCCUCCGCCAACCACCACCCACCAACGGGAGCAUAGGUUCACCACCUACUCCCCUCCCAUACCUGCCCAUUCAUACCGACUGACCCACCCAUCCUACCCAAGCCCUUGACUCUUACACAAAUUCUCAUCAUCGGUGCAAUACUAUCUUUUCGCCGUUCAUUAAGUUCCUCACCCCCUACUCCUAUGCCAAUUUCCUGCCCAGCCC